AUGAACCUAAACUUGUGUCCUAGUGUGAGUGCUAUCAACAGCGCGAUCGGUAACCGCCAACUGUUCGCGGGAGUGAACAGGACGCCGAUGAAGAGCCCUGGUUCCAACACUUUCGCGCGCUCACCGAUGGUUCCUUUCCGUUCUCCGUUGCAGCGCAUGGAGGAAAACAAGGCAUCACUGAACCUUGGAGGCGCACAGAAGAUUGAGGAGCUCACGACGCCUGUGCUUGGCGCAGCAGAUGUCAGGAGGAGCGACUCAUCAUCUGAGUCUCCGUCGUUGGGACCGCGAACGGUCCCAGUCAUGCUCAAGGGAAGUCCAAGACCUGUUGAGGUGUACGUAGACAUGGGCGACGACUCAGCCGAGCUCACGGAAGUAGAAGAAGAAGCCAACCCCAUGGUGGUCGCUGCCCUCGGAGAGGAAGCCAUGUUACGCACCAGUCUACAAUGGCGAGACUCCAUGGAUCUCGAUCGAACGAUGUCUGGUGACGUUGAAUGUGGCCAAAGUAUAGAUGACUUGGAGGCGGCGCGUGAAGCGCUCAACGCAGUUGCGGCCCUGAACACGACUGAAGAGUUCGAUGGUGACUAUGGUGCCACUCCUAACUUCGGCGGUGAUACGCCUAACUUGGCCUCACCGUCCGUGUUUAUGGAUAAGGAAAACAACGAAGACUUCCAAGAGACGCCAGAGAUGGGCGAUGGCCCAGAGAUGGGCAACGGCGCCUCCCCGAUAUUCCCGGUGUCACCUGUCGUGCACACGUCUGGGGGAUACUCACCACGUUGA